GGUGUGAUUCCCAUCCACCAAAGGCAAUUGGAGAUGGCUUGUUUUCCUUGAGAUGAUGUCAUCAGUUCAGACUGCGAGCCCCUACUGUGACUUUUAUGAAGAGACAGGAUCCCAAGGAAUGUUUUCUUUCUUUUUGGGCCAGAGAAGAAAAAUUCAAAAUAAAGUCAAACCCACGGAGGAAGUCUACGCCGCCCGGUCAUGGUCCUAACAGCAAAAACACUCGGUGCUUUUGUUUAAUUGUACCCUGCAGACUAAAAAAUGUGGGCAGGCUCAAGGUCAAAGUCUUAUUACGAUUUUUCCAAACGUCUCCCCAAUCGCCUCCAUAUAGCAGCUGCACUGAUCCUAUAUUUUAUGUGACAACAACCACCUCAACUGGAAAUAAAAAUGUAUUUACCAAACUAUAAUCAUCCGCCGUCUGAUUCGGGCUCGAUUGGCGCUGGUCUGUGGGAUCACAGUGCGGCGGCUCAUUCCGCGCGGUAUCGGGGCCUCCACAUCCAGGAGCCCCGCACUGAUCAUCUUCCCCGGGAAAUGUGGACAUUUUACCAAGCGGGUUCUUCCAUAACACCGCCACAAUUUUACCACUCCUAUCCGGAGAUCCGCACGACAGUUGACCCGAGUCAAGGUUGUGGUCUGUACGGUCGUGGAACCCCCGAACCACGUCUCCUCCCCCGGCGAGGAGGAAGCCGUUCAUCGGUAUUGGAUGUUGGGGGAGGAGCGGCGGGUGUGUCACUCGGGAAAUCGAGCGAGUGCAGCUGGGGAAGCGACGAGGUUAGGCCGGGGUGCAAGUCACUCGAGGCCGGGAGAAAGGACGAGGUCGACUCACUUUACCGCGUUGGUGGGUUUGGUAAAGGGCCGACAGUUUCAUCAGCGAGGAGGAGCAAGAAGCGUUGUCCCUACUCCAAGCAGCAGAUCCGCGAGCUCGAGAAGGAGUUCCUCUUGAACGUCUAUGUCAACAAACAGCGACGCACUCAACUCUCUUGUCUCCUGAACCUCAGUGACAGGCAGGUGAAGAUCUGGUUCCAGAAUAGAAGGAUGAAAGAGAAGAAGCUGGGUCAAGUGCAGUACUGCAGUAGACUUCAACCUCAAAUGGAUGCAUCAGUUGGAGAACUUUAGAUGGAUAUCAUCAUAAUGGGUUUACCUUAGUGUCCAGUAUAUGGUAGCAUUUUUGGCAAAAAAUGAGUGUGUAUUAUACAUAAGAAAUUAGACAAAGAAGAAUUGAUUUUAUUCCCAGAAAUGUUUGAUUGACAGUUAAAUGGGAUGUACUUUUAAAGCAUUCAGUGCACACGUACCCUGGAUUUAAGGCAUAGGUGACAAACAUAAGGCGCAGGGGCCAGAUGGCCUACACAUAAUUUUCUGUGACCUGCAAGAGUGAAUCAUGUUCAUCGACUUCAAGUUUCUUCUUAAAAUACCAAGAUUUAUGAUUGGUGUCACUUUUAAAAAUGCGGAGUUGAUCCAAGAUUUUUUUUUUAACCAAUCCCUCUUUUAAAAUAAAAUCUAAUAGGUUUUAAACAGAACAUUUUUACUGGGUGCUAAUUUCAAAACCCAUUAUAUGGUAUAUGCUUGCUGCUCCGUCCUCUAAAUGUAGACAUUGUGCAUGUAAAAUUUGUCAUUCUGCAAGGAAAUUUGUCAUCAACUUGACCCUAGUGGAAAUUUACCAUUACUCAAUUUUCAUUGCACACCCUUAAGUAUUCUAUUUGAGACCCUAAAAUAUCAGGUGAGGAGGCUACUGCGCUCCAAUUUAUAAAAAAAAAAUCUAUCUGGCAGCCUAUAUAAUGUGAUGAAUACGCAAUAAAUAUUAGGCCAUCAUACAUUUAUAAAGGUAUGCCUGAGCAGAAGUCAUAAUGAAUAAAGAAAAUAAUGCCUGGUAUUAUUGUUAUAUAAUUUUAUUCACACUUCCACGAGCGGUAUUUGAAAUAAC